AUGUUAAUCCCUGGCGCGCCUGUUGAAGAGGAAGGAAAUUUAGAGCACUUGAAACUACGUAACAGCUGGGCCAAGAUCAAGGUCGAUCUCUUGGUAUUAAACCAAGAUAACUUAGAUAUUUUGCAAGUCUCCAAUAUCAGUGGUCAAGUGAAGAACUCAGAAUUUAUCUUCAACAUCAUUUUGGUCCUAUUUUCAGGUUAGCGAUACAUUUCUUUUUUACACAAUCAUUCUUUCACCUAUUCUCUUCUAUUAUGGCUUUAUCCAAUCCAAAGGUACUGGUAUUUGGUCAUUCCUUUGUGAAGCGCAUGCAUCGGGAUUUAAGAUCCAAAUUCGAUGUUCGCGCUGCCCUAAAUUUUAACAUGCACAAUGUAGCUAUCAAACUGCAUGGUGUUGGGGGGAGGACUGUUGACAAAUUAGUUCAAUUUGAUUUCAACAGGGUUACCCAGUUUCAGCCCAACAUUGUUAUUUUAGAGGUUGGAACAAAUGACUUAACCUUGGAAAAACCCGAAACUGUGGGAUCGAGAAUUGACGAUCUAGUGCGCAUGUUGCUCGGGGUUCCAUCCGUCAGAGUGGUUGGCGUGUGUUUGGUAACCAAUCGGGCCUCUUCUCCAAAAUUUAAUGAGAAGGUUGCGAUCUUGAACCAGUACCUUACGGUUGUGUUAGAAGAUAAGCACAAUGUCUUCUGUUGGAGACAUAAAGGCUUUACUCAGCCAACCAUUUCGCCUUUUCUGCCUGAUGGCGUCCAUUACACCCGCAGAGCUCAAUAUACUUUGUAUAGAAGUUAUCGGGGCGCCAUCCUCAAGGCCAUUCAGUUUCUUUCACGCUGUGCUUAG